AUGCUUUUUAAUCAAAUAAAUACCACAGGUGCACCAGUCAGUGAUCCAAUUGAAGCUAAUUGUUUAGAUCGAUUCUUUAAUCGAUCAAAUCUUGAUCCACCAUUAUUAUUAGAUUUAAUUAAAAGUAAUUUAGGACAUACAGAAGGUGCAGUUGGUGUUGCAUCACUUAUGAAAGUUGCUAUGUGUAUGUAUCAUCGUGGUAUUACAGCAAAUAUGCAAUUUACUUCACUUAAUCCUAAAACAGAAGCAUAA